AUGGUGGUCCCCGGCUUGACGCCUUCGGCGCCGCCGCCGAGCGACGCCGCGCCGCCGCCCGGCUCAGAGAAUUUGGACGUGGGCGGCUGGCAGGUCGUCGUCGCCGACGGGCGCGCGGUGCUGCCCGAAGGCAUGACGCACCUGCCGGACCGGGCGUUCCUCGGCCGCGCCUCUCUCGUCUCGGUCGCCUUCCCGCGCAGCCUCGUCUCCAUCGGCGAAGGCGCCUUCCACGGCUGUUCCUCGCUCGUCUCCAUCGACCUCCCUGCCACCCUCACCUCCAUCGGCAACGGCGCCUUCUACCGCUGCUCCGCCCUCUCCUCCGUCACCCUCCCCGCCGGCCUCACCUCCAUCGGCAACGGCGCCUUCUACCGCUGCUCCGCCCUCGCCUCCGUCACCCUCCCCGCCGGCCUCACCUCCAUCGGCAGCCACGCCUUCUUCGGCUGCUCCGCCCUCGCCACCGUCACCCUCCCCGCCACCCUCACCUCCAUCGGCGAGCAAGCCUUCUACCGCUGCUUGUCUCUCACAUCCGUCACCUUCCCCGCCGGCCUCACCUCGAUCGGCAGCAGCGCCUUCUCCGACUGCUCCGCCCUCUCCUCCGUCACCCUCCCUGCCGGCCUCACCUUCAUCGACGACUACGCCUUCUGCGACUGCUCCUCUCUGACCCGCGCCACCGUGCCAGACACGGCCACCCUCGGCUACACGGCUUUCGAUUCUGAGACCACGGUCCUCCGCCUCCCGCCCGCAAAGAUGCGCUGGUACGAGGCGGUGGACGGGGCUCUGGCCUACAAGCGCUGCCGCCCCCUCCUCUACGGCUGGCUAGAGCGGGCCCAGACCAGGCUCGGCUCUUACGGCCCGGACGGCGCGGCGCGCCAGCGCGACCGCGAGGAGUUCGAGGGCGACUUUGCGCCGCUUGUAGAGUGA